AUCACUUUUGUCAUAUUGGUGUCCCUGGCUCUGUUGCAGUUGAUGAACUUGAUUAGGUGCUGGACAUCAAACUGGGCAAGGGUGGCUAUUGCCUGCACGUAUGCCACGAACCUUGUAUACACCUUCGACGAUGAUAGGUUCAGAGAAAAAGAGACACCAUACUGGUUGCGACGGUGGAUGGGAUUGAAAGCUUUUGUGGCCACCAGCUGUAAUUGGUUUGACAAGUACCUGUGGCAAGAAAAGAUCGGCCAGCAUUCACUACUACCUGAAGGGAGAUUAACCGCGAAAAAAGAGGGUGAAGGGAGCAGCAGGACUGAGACCGAGUUACUGAGCAGCUUAACAUCCAUGGUUGGCAAUUUUUACCAGAAAUGUGUUCGCUUGGUCAAGGUGCUCGGAUUGGACUACAUCGGGGAGGUUCUCUGGGACUUGUUGGGCAGCGACACCAACAAAACAACCACCGUCAGGUUGGACGAUGAUGUGAAGGGAUACGUUAUUGAUUUUCUUCAUCAGAUCAAGACAGACAGAGUAGAUACGAAUUGGUUAUCCUUUGCUAAUAAAAAGCAUCCAAUUGGCUUAGCUCUCCGCGAUCUUCCCGAUGACACAAAUAUACCUCAGCGUGGUUGCAGAUAUCUGGAGUAUAUAAUGGAGUUGCACAUUGCGACAUGGUACUGCGAACUAGUAGAGCAGGAGCUGGGGAAGCAAGAUGCCUUGAGCAAGGCGGAGGAGCGCAUAGGCUGCAGGGAAACUGCUACCGGUUAUUUGAAAAAAGCAGCUGCAGCAAUAGCUGGAUGUUUCAAAAAAGAAGCAGGAGGAAGAGGAGAAAGGGAGGAGAAUCGGAAUCGGCGCGUGGCCAAUGCUCUAUCCAAGUAUUGCGCUUACUUAGUGGUGUCAACGCCAGAGUUACUUCCUGAGCCGGCCAGGGGGAAGAAGCACGCCUACGAUGUCUUUGCGAACUCGGCAAGGAUAGAACUGGACCAGCAGGAGAAGGAUACAUUCCUCGGGGCACUGUCAGACCCUAAAAUUUGGAAAGAUCUAGCAUCUGAUUCAUCCGGGAAUACUUAUUUUUUGAAUGGCGUGCGUCUAGCGAAGCGGCUUCUCGGUGAUGAUCCUCCGCUUGUUGAAGGUAUAAGUCGCCCGGACCACUGGGAGCCGCUGGCCCUUAUGUGGGUCCGGAUGUUGGUUUACGCCGCGCCUUAUGGCAAUGUUGAGGCGCACAUGCGGCACCUCCAGCAUGGUGGUGAGUUCAUCACCCAUCUCUGGGCCUUGCUCUACCAUCUUGACAUCCGCGAGUGGAAAAAACGGAACAGCCCGAAGGACCCGCAGAACAUCAACACCAUCGAUGACGCUGAGAGAAUACUCGAAAAGGAUGACCAGGCCGUCAUCGCCUUCCUCGAUUCCCUAUCCGGUUCUUAUUGCAACGAUGAGCUUGCCGCUGCUUCAAAGCUGGAAGAUGGUCUCAGAUUUUACCACUCUACAAGUGUUGAUGUUGCUAAGCUAUUCAACAUUGACCCAGCAGCAAAGCGCCCGUGUCUAGUGCUGCUGAAGAAUAAACAGGAGUUCACCUUAUAUGAUGGGCCAUUCCGUGCAGAUGCCAUUGCCAAUUUUUUGUCUGCGAACAAGAUGAAGCGACAACGCGGAGGACAGACCGAUAAGGACAAGACUGAUGAACAGAACAAGGACGAGAUUGAAGAGGAAAUCCCACAGCAGUCGUGAUUCCUCAAUCCUAUUCACAUAUAACUCCAUCCAGCCGGCUGUCUACUUGUGCGCGCAUAUCUUAUAAUGUUUCUUUCAUCCGUAGAAUAAAAACAGAAGAAUUGCAUGUUGCUGAGGACGUGCAUCCUGUUUACCUUACUGGCUUGUCUGUUUCAUUGCUUGAGUACUGCAAUC